CUAAAACAAGGCAAGAAGGGCGAAAAAGGACAAAAUUGAUGCGUUGAAAUGGGACCCAUAUAUUGAAAAGCACCGAUACUUUCUUCACAGAGUCUUAGUCCGUCCGGUGUGACUCAACGGGCAAACUUUUCGCCUAUUAUGCCAAGUCUACUUAUCCCUGAGCAUGUUGAUCUGCUCGGCAACCCAAAUCCUGUUUUGAAGUGGCUUGAGGAACAGGAUGUGGAAAGCCAACAGAGUUAUGCUCAAAACAUAUUCGAUACGAUUCUGGGGGAAGCCGCCCAACCCAGAUCUGUCUCAGGUAACGCCUGUGUGAGACUUUGCGGCUUCGUGGAGAGGACUUCCAAGUCUGAGUCACAGACGCUUCAGCUUUGGGCCUUUUCUCGGGAUGUAGCUUUUCGGCUGUACGAUUUCUACAUUGAUUGGAAUGAGUUUGAUCACCAUCGGUCCAUGAGACUUGUCCUGGACUUGAUAGCGCAGCUUCUCCGGAGGAAUCCUGAUAACAAAGCCGCUCUGGAUACACGAAAUUCCCUCCUGGAUAACCUCAUCUCUAUUGUAAUCGGCCGUUCUACUAAGCCUGUGGCUAAGUCAGCACUCAAGACUCUUGACUACUUCCUCCUCAAGGGAGUUUUUAACUUGGAUGACGUCAAAGCAACUCAUCUCUCUUGUCAUCAGGAAUUAGCCGAUGCUGCUGAUAUUGAGAUAUGGAGGGUCUUCACAACAGAGCUGCUACAAUGGACUCGGUUACACUUCAUUUGCCCUGCAGCCGGGAAGUUCAUCGUGAGCCUGUUCCGUGCUCUGAGGCAAAGGGGCCAUGAAGACUCCACAGGUUUGGGUAUAGGUACAUGGCAUAAGUGGCUACUCGAUUUUCUAUCAGAGGAGCCAAAUCUUUUGGAGAACUUCAAGAAUUACAUCUUUUCUCCCCUAUUCAAGGCCGAUAGACCGGAGAGUCUGAAGUUUCUGCAGCAUGUGAAUCAAAAUGAGUCUAGCUCAGCGAUCACAGCUGGCUCUGAUGAUUUCGGUGCAAGUGCGCUCCUCACUUUGGCUGCCUUGGAAAUGGGAAAGAAAGUUGGGCUUGUUGAAGAACCAUAUAUUGGCAGCGACCAGUCAACCGAGGACAAUUCAUCCAUCACUCUACAGGAAAAUACUCUUGAGAGCGUUCUGACGCAUCCUUCCCAUGAAGUUCGGACGUCAGCGCUCAGUCUUCUUAUUAGCUCCCCGUCAACAACACGACCAUACUCGGCUACCACUUUAGAUCUACUCAAGAGACAUCUGGCCACAUUCUUCGCUGACCCAGAUGCCAAAUUCCGAGUAGAUGUGUGUGCUCGAUCAAGGGACAUGUUCAAAAGAGUUCGUGGCGCAAUCUCGGUAUUGAAGAAGAGCAUUCCACGAGCAAGGGCAAAGGCCAGAAAAAACGCUUCGAAAGAUCCAGCUAGCCAGCCGGCAUUAUACCGCACUAACAUACUUUCAUGGUCAGAGUCUGAGUUAGUAUCUUGUCUUGAUUACCAUGAGAAAUUCCUUCAUUGGUAUUUGAGAUUCCUAUGUGCCGAAUUAUCACCUACUGCUUCUUAUCAGCGACACAUCACUUCCCUUAAGAGCUUAAUAUCGAUAUUUCGCAUGGAGGGAGAGCGUUCAAAAACUUGGGAAACAGCAGAUGAUCAGCAGCUAUUCUUUGACCAUUUUGACGGAAAGUGGGCUCGAGUGCUCGCAGAUCUAGUAAUGGAUCCCUUUGAUGAUGUUCGGGAAAUUGCUUCGCUAGCAAUGGCCCAGGCAUAUGCUGACAAGAGAUAUCAAAAAUUCACUCUUGAUUCUGCAGAGUCAGAACAAAAGUCUUCGAAGCAGCUGAAGGAGCUUUUACACCGAGCUGAAAAAGUGUCAGUUCGGACUGCCAGAGCUGAUCACUCUGAUGGUGUCGCCAGAGCCUCGCAAUUAUUAUACAAAUUUUUAGACACUGAAGAUGAGCGACUAGGACUACUUUCAAAGCUUGUCGACACACUAGAUCAAAAGAUAUCAAGAGCAGAGUUAGACCUGGGACAAGCCGUUCUAGAACAGCCACUGCACAGUACGUUUGCUUCAUUAUGCUUCACCUGGCAGGCUGUUUCUGAAAAGAAAUUGUCAAAAUCUGAGGCAGAAUCUGCUACUGCACUGCAGGAGAGGAUGAUUGUUUGCUGUGAGCGAGUUUGGAAAGCUGUGCGCGAUGUUCUUUGCGACGACUCUCCUGAAGGCCAUCUACCUGAAGAGAUGGAAGAGAUGGAGGGCCUCGAUACUAAAGGUCUUUUGAGUUAUAGUUUCCGUGCUGUUCACGAGUCAAGUAAUCUGAUGCGGACGAUUGUGCAGAGUAUGAGAAAUAGAUCCCGAGAGGGGCUCAUCACCCCAUCACGAAAAGCGUUUGAAGCUAUUGGAAAUCUAUCAUUCACACAGCUGGCCAACUUAAGGCAUCGCGGCGCAUUCACUACAGUUGCUGCGACAUUUGCGACGUGCUGCCAGUUGACCAAACAUCUGGAUCCCGUUGAGGGCGAGGUAUCACUGCUAGAGGUCUGGUACCAGGGCACCUUGAAGGAAAUCUUCAACCAGAGAUCCACUACUCGACGAUCUGCUGGUAUUCCGUCGAUGAUGACGGGAAUUCUCUCCGCGAAUGCGGGUAAUCCAUCAUUUGAAGAUGCCAUGGCCAAACUCAUCGACAUUGCCAGCAUCGAGGCGCAUGUAGUAGAAACUGACGGAUCUAAUCUGCCACAAGUUCACGCUUAUAACUGUCUCAAAGAUAUCUUCAAGAACUCGCUGCUCACAUCCAUGGGCAACAAAUCUGAAAAGUAUCUUCCUCAGUGUCUCGAACUGGCUGCCAGUGGGCUCAGAUCAGAGAUUUGGGCCAUCCGUAACUGUGGCUUGAUCUUUCUUCGCAGCUUGAUCGACAGCCUCUUCGGCUCUCAAGAGAGCAAAGCCAUGAUUGAGGCUGGCUGGGACGGAAAAGCCAAUCGAAUCCCCUACCACCGUUAUCCUACUCUUCCAUCAGUACUGGCAAGUCUUCUUAAAUCCGGCCGUACGAUGGUAACAUCAGCAAAUGCAACGUCAUCUGCUGAAUCGGUCUUCCCAGCCUUGGAUAUCAUUCGUCGAGCAGGACCACCUGAUCUCCUGCGAGAUGAGAUCCAGAUAUAUGUUGCUGCGUAUCUCUCAAGCCCGGUGUGGCAUGUUCGUGAGAUUGCUGCUAGGACUCUCUGCUCCUGUCUGUUGCACGACAAGUGGCUUAGCGUCGUCCAAGAUUUACUGCGCCAGGCAUUGAAUGACAAAAGUGUUAAUGGCCAAAACCAUGUACACGGUGUACUGCUCUCCCUCAAAUUUCUAAUCGAAAGAUUUACUGAGGUAGCGCUGGAUCGCCUCAUUGCUGACCUCCCUGAACUGACAGCGUUCCUCGAGACAAGCCACAUCGACAGCCUAUACGUUAACUGUCCAGAUGUUAUUGCCGCAUAUCUAGAAGUCGUCAACAUGAUAUGGAUAUCACAAAUCUCCAGAUCUCAGCCCCUACAGCCAUCCAAGGUCCUAGUACCAACGACGCAAGGGUCUGCGCUGCUCAAAGCUCAAAGCACUAUAAGCAAAAUACUUUUGGCUUCUCAAGGCAAGGAGCCUGUUCAACAAGCAAGGACUGUAUUAUUCGAAAGCCGCCUCGGCGCCGAUAUCAUGGCUACUGCUCUGGAAUCAAUACCGAGACUGUGGCACUCCACGUCAACUCCAAGCGAAAUUCGAAUUGCUCUAUGUGAUUUGUACAUCGAUGUUUGCCUUAGAACCAAGUUUACGGAACCUCAAGUGGUCGCCAUUGAGAACUUGGUGGAGCUGAUGAACCAGCUCAUUACGGAAGACAAGCUCGACUCCUUGCCUAUAUCCUCUCUCAUGAAUUUGUGGAAUAUGCUACCACAAGGCUCACUGAACCCUUCUCUCUCCAAUGCAAUUGUGAGAGCCAGCGGCUGUUUAGUAGCCAUCAUGAACCACCAUCAGCGCCUUCCAGCUACUGCAUUCCGGAAUUGGGGGACAAUGAUGGCUGAUGCAGGCUCAGACGACAAGAGCUUCGAUACCCGCUUCGCAGCUGCUCAGUCUCUAUGCUCAUUCUUCAGCGUCGCUGGAGCAUCUUCUACCCGCGAGGAAUAUCUCCCUGCAAUCAUUGUACUAUACGAUACCCUGAAUGACGAUGACGAUGAAGUGCGAGAAGCAGGAUCUGCCGCAGCAAAGAGCAUUCUUGGCCAAAACCUAGUACCCCUAGAGGCAUCUAACCGCCUCCUCCGAUGGCUCAUCCAAAACUUUAGUACCAGCGCUGACCUGAAGGCUAUUACCGCAAGCCGUGUUGCUGGAUAUCGCCAUGAGCAGCUGUGGAGUUCACCGGGUGCUCAGCUUGCUGCUGCGCUCAGGUCAGAUGAUUCGCUGUUCGCAGUCGAAGAGCAGAAUUUGUUCAUCGAUGAGGUUCGUGAGGCCAACCGAUGGGCUACCGUCUUCCAGUCUCUCAAGUGGGAUGAAGGCAAGUCGGAAGAUGGCGAGAUACUAGGCAAGUUGGAUGAAUGGCUUCUCGAUGGCCUGGCACAGAUGCAGCAACUCCUGGAGCAAGAAGACGGUCCUUUGGGCUGGGCUUCAAAUCCAUCCGUCUUCGCCAUCUGUGCUUCCAUUCUCCGCAGCUCAGUUGUAUUGGGAAAAACUUACGGCAGCCCGAAGUUACGCCAGGCCAUUGCACAAUUCAAAGACUUGGUAAAAUCUCCAAAUCAUCAUCACGUUUCGAAAUUGCUUAUGGAGCCGCUGGAAGAGCUGUAGAAGAUAUAGAAUAGAAUAUAUUAUAAGAAAGUCAAUCAUGAACAGGAC